CUGCUGAACGUGGCGCGUGCUGUCUGGAAACUUGUGGGUAAGUAGUCUCAGGGAGUGGUGCUGGCGAGAUAGAGGUGCUGGAGAGUAAGAGGGAAUAGUAUCUAUGAGCAAGACACAUCAUCGUGCACACCCAUGCCUUCCUUCCCCUUCCUCUUCAAGUUCCUCCCAUCCCCUGCAAGUGAAAGUUGCGAGCCUCUUUCCGCAAGAUGACGCCACUGGGGGGUUCCUCCGGCAUGCGCCAGCCCGCGAGGUGGGCGUGCAAUCAGCUACAAGAACCGCAGAAGCCGGAGCGAGGAUGCGAGUGUCCACACCACACCAGCUUGGAGAAGCCCACACCGUGUUGGCACGUGCACAUUUCACGAACUUUUAACUGCAGUUUCACAGAAAGUCUGAGGAGUUCCCUCGAUACACGUAUUAAGACAGGUACGCACCAGCCCAUCACUGAGAAACACUAACCCCUCGAGGCUCCGUCCGGCGUCAGACACCAUCGUCAUCCAUCAUGGCACUCAACCGCAAAAAGAUCCCGAAGAACGUGCUGGAGCUCUUUGACCGUUACGUGGAGAACAACGUGCGCCACCUGAACAAGCCAGACGCCGUCAAUAUGCUGAUGCAGGAGUUCGGACUGGAUGAGGUGCAGGCCGGCGUCAUGUUCGAGUCCUUCGACAAGGACCAAAACGGCGUCAUGAGCAUCUGGGAGUUCGAGCAGUUCUUCUUGUGUAUGGGCAACCAUGCGCAGGAGAUCGUGAAGAAGUUUCAAGAGUUGGACAAAGAUGGCAGCGGCAAGCUGGAACAGGAGGAGGCUAUCCAGGGACUGAAGGACAUCAAGACGGGCGCAGGACGUGGUCUGGUGGACAAGGAGAUCGAGUUCUUCAUGAAGACAACUGCGGGAGACGAUGGAGUCAUUGACCUGGCACAGUUCACUAACUUGCUGUAUAGACUCAAGCUGUACAAUGCCCCACCACCAAAAUAGGCUUCUCAACAUUUUUUUGUUUCUGUUUUUGUGACGAGUGAGGUUCGAGAACAGCAAGAGGGUAUAAUUUACACUGUUAUAUUAAAAUGUUACUGUUAUGAUUUUUUUCAUGGCCUGGGUCACUCACAGAAGUCUUGGCUUGACCAAUCAUUACACAGUACAUAAGUGAUAACUUCAGUUACCCUUUUCCCCUCCACGUCUAAGAGUCUUGAAUGCGCUGAGCAGCAUGCGACUGGAGGGGAAAUAAUCUUUAAGCUGGCUGAGGUAUAAUGACAAACUAAGCAUAAAUCAAAUAUUUUAUCAACUCCUGAAUCCAUAUCACUAGAUAAUUGCUAAUGGCAUUUUUUGUUUCGGUUUUUUAUACACUAAUCAAGUUUUUGUUUGAAGAACGGCACUUCCCAUUCCAGUAUUAAUCCUCAGCUAGCUUUUCUGUAUUUCUUGCGAAAAUACAUUCUGCACUUUUUCAAACUCGUCGACAUCAGAUACUAUCCUGUUUAUUGGCAAUGCAAAUAUACAGAUUCGCCAACUUUCAUAUCCUUUCAUGAGUUGUAACAACUGUACUUUAGUCACCAUGUGACAGCUUUUUCAUGGAAGAUGUAACUUACAUCUUAUGUGUGACACCGUAUUCCUUGUUUACAGUAUGAUGGCGGGUUCCUCUUAAAUGUUGGGAGAUCCGUGUACUUGUCACAGAUAAGAACGUACGGGGAAAACCGGCUGGUGUUCAGAUCUCAUCUCAGGCAACCUGUUAUUUCUUUGUAUAUAACACUUGUUUACAUGGCCGACUGCUUUAUCGUGAUAGAGCCUCAGUUUCAGGGUAAGAGUAAAAUGAUGAUUUUCACAUCCGCACCUGCCUUUUGAAGCUACUUCCUCCAACCGUCCACUUAAGUGUUGAAAAGUAUGUAUAGCCUUGUAUAGCGACUGAUGGGCUGCUCACUAUGGUGUUCAUUCCAUUCUUUCAUUUUUUUUAUCCUAUACAUACUGAACGGAAAGAGCAUCUUUAUUUCCUUCAUCGUCUGUGUUAAAAUGUUUAGCUGUAUAUAAGCGCUUGGCCUGCGUGUUCAAUAUAUUGCUUUGUUUCUCAUCUAAUUUUUAACAUUAAACGAAAAAAUAUUGCACGAUCUGAACAAAAAUUGAAACAAUCAGAUAAUUACAAAAUGACUCCCAGCAGUAGAACUAAAUCCAUAUAAACAGUAGCUAUGUGAUAUCCAAUACACAAGAAGACUAGUAGGUGCGGCCUGUAUAUUAUUGCAGUUUCCGUAGAUUAGUACCUAGCGCUAGCUAAAUGUUGUAACCCUGGAGGCGCAUAGUCCAAGAGGUCUAAAAGCCGAAUGUUCAAUACUUUUGUCAAAAAAAUUAUUUGCAUUGUGUUCAAGUAUGAGAGCAGGUAUUUGGUGAUCUGGGAGUCGCACAGUUGAUUUUUUUAAAUUCUCGUGUCACAUUGUUCGCACAAUAUUCUUUGCUUGGUGAUAUAUAUAAGGUGUUUUCUUUUGCAAUGCUUUUAUUCAGCUUUUGAUAUUGUGCAUGAAGUAUGCAUUGCUAUAUUGCAGUUUAGAGUUGUUCAGUUUUGCAUUUUAUGUACAGUCGCUUGCACCCACAUGUUUGAAAAAACCUCAUCCUAACCCAAGCCAACCGAUAUACUGCACCUACCCAUCUCUAAGAUAACCUUUGUAUCGCACCUGAUCCCGACCCCAAACCUAGUCCCAAAUCCAAAUCUCAACCAAUAAAUAAAUGAAGUAUGUCCUCAGUUUUACAACACACAUGUUUGUGUGGAAACUAGGAGAGAAUGAAGUGCUGCCAUAACACGAGUAUUUUUUGGCCAUGAAUCUAGUAUCAGAACAUACUCUGAACAUGCGCAAUAACCGAAAAAAGAAAGAUACAAAACGAAAGCCAUCUAACAACUGUUCGUAUUUAUUUAUUAGUCAUGGCCUCAUACUCCUUUGGCUCCAUCUCUCCAGCUCAAAACUGUGGCACGAAUGUUUCUGGCUGUUUACUUGCCAUUUUCACAUCAUAUUAUUAUGUCACUGCUGCUUGGUCUCGUAUACACUUUCUGGUCAGACCUUACCAAUUUUUGUGGGACAGGGAUAUUUAUACUCUGUGUAUUCUGAUCACUAUAUUUUACACUAUUGUAACUAAAAUAAACUUUUUAGAAACGA